AUGAGUCAGCCACCGUCCGGGGGCGCUGCCCCAGCAGCAACCUCAGCUUCUGCCUCCGCCGCAGCCACCGAGGCUCGCAUGCACCCGGAGGGCAGCAGCAGAAAGCAGCAGCGAGCUCAAUCACCCGCUAGGCCUAGGGAUAAUUCUCUUCGACAGACCACCGGCGCCACGCGGUCCCCGCUUGGGGUCGGCCCUAAACUCAAUUCUGUUCGGCAGCAGCAGCUGGUGCAGCAGCAACAGCAGGGUAACAAGAUAACAGGUCGGGGCACCUCCGGGACGGGCUCUAGAGGAUUCGGAGGCGGGGCGGAAAAGGCGUCUCCCUCGGUACCCAAAGGGGCUGCUCCCGGAGCUGUCCAGCCCGCGCCUGGUGCUGAAGGGUCCCCCGCGGCGAUCCUGGCCUCUGUGAGCUGCAGGAGGUCCGGACAGCCCGAGGAGCCACCCCGGGAGAUAGAAUCGGGGCCUUCGAAAGUCGGGGAACCCCCUCUGCUCGGGGGAAUAGGAGGGGGCGGGGAAGGAGGAGGAGCCGGUGGUGGCCCGGGGGACCGGGAGGGGGGCGCUCCGCAGCCGCCGCCGCCGCCCAGGGGUUGGCGAGGAAAAGGCGUCCGCGCAUCGCAGAGGGGUAGCAGCGGCGGGGAGGGAGUCUCCCCUUCGCCACCCACCGCUGGUACGAGCAGAACCCCCGGCCCAGGAAGCAGAAACUCUGGUAGCGGCAGCGCAGGGAGCGGCAGCGGUGGUGGAGGGAGCUACUGGAAGGAGGGAUGUCUGCAGUCUGAGCUCAUCCAGUUUCAUCUCAAGAAGGAGCGGGCGGCGGCGGCGGCGGCCGCAGCUCAGAUGCACACUAAAAACGGUGGCGGCGGUAGCCGCGGUUCCCCAGUCUCCGGCGCUCCUGCCAUCUGUGAGCCCCUUGGGGUCCCCUCCUCCUCCCCAAUGGCGGCUGCAGCCGAGGGCCCCCAGCAGAGCGCAGAGGGCAGCGGCAGCGGCGGGGCCAUGCAGGCGGCGGCUCCCCCUUCGUCCCAGCCGCAUUCGCAGCAGCUCCAAGAGCAAGAAGAUAUGCAGGAGGAGAUGGAGAAGCUACGGGAGGAGAACGAGACUCUCAAGAACGAGAUCGAUGAGCUGAGGACCGAGAUGGAUGAGAUGAGGGAUACUUUCUUCGAGGAGGAUGCCUGUCAGCUGCAGGAAAUGCGCCAUGAGUUGGAGAGAGCCAACAAAAACUGUCGGAUUCUGCAGUACCGCCUCCGCAAAGCCGAGCGCAAAAGGCUCCGCUACGCGCAGACUGGGGAAAUUGAUGGCGAGCUGUUGCGCAGCCUGGAGCAGGAUCUCAAGGUUGCAAAGGAUGUAUCCGUGAGACUUCACCACGAAUUGGAAAAUGUGGAAGAAAAAAGGACAACAACAGAAGACGAAAAUGAGAAACUGAGGCAGCAGCUUAUAGAAGUUGAAAUCGCAAAGCAAGCCUUACAGAACGAACUGGAAAAAAUGAAGGAGUUAUCCUUAAAAAGAAGAGGAAGUAAAGAUUUGCCAAAAUCCGAAAAAAAGGCCCAGCAGACACCCACAGAGGACGACAAUGAGGAUCUUAAGUGCCAGCUACAGUUCGUUAAGGAAGAAGCUGCCCUGAUGAGAAAGAAAAUGGCCAAGAUUGAUAAAGAAAAGGACAGAUUCGAGCACGAACUCCAGAAGUACAGAUCCUUCUAUGGGGAUCUAGACAGUCCUCUACCCAAAGGAGAAGCAGGGGGACCUCCCAGCACCAGGGAGGCCGAGCUCAAGCUGCGGCUGCGGCUGGUGGAGGAAGAGGCUAACAUCCUGGGCAGGAAAAUCGUGGAACUGGAGGUGGAGAACAGAGGCCUGAAGGCGGAACUGGAUGACCUGAGGGGCGAAGACUUCAACGGCUCUUCCAACCCCCUCAUGAGGGAGCAGAGCGAGUCCUUGUCUGAGCUGCGGCAGCACCUGCAGCUGGUGGAAGACGAGACCGAGCUGCUGCGGAGGAACGUGGCUGACCUCGAGGAGCAGAACAAACGCAUCACUGCGGAGCUCAACAAGUACAAGUACAAGUCCAGCGGCCACGACAGCUCGCGGCACCAUGACAGCGCCAAGACCGAGGCCCUGCAGGAGGAGCUGAAGGCAGCGCGCCUGCAGAUCAACGAGCUCAGCGGCAAGGUCAUGCAGCUACAGUAUGAGAACCGCGUGCUCAUGUCCAACAUGCAGCGCUAUGACCUGGCCUCACACCUGGGUAUCCGGGGCAGCCCCCGCGACAGCGAUGCUGAGAGUGAUGCAGGCAAGAAGGAGAGCGAUGAUGACUCCCGGCCUCCCCAUCGCAAGCGCGAAGGGCCAAUCGGUGGCGAGAGCGAUUCAGAGGAGGUGAGGAACAUCCGCUCCCUCACGCCCACCCGCUCCUUCUACCCAACACCUGGCCCCUGGCCCAAAAGCUUUUCAGACCGGCAGCAGAUGAAGGACAUCCGCUCGGAGGCCGAGCGCCUGGGCAAGACCAUCGAUCGGCUCAUCGCAGACACGAGCACCAUCAUCACGGAGGCGCGCAUCUACGUGGCUAAUGGGGACCUGUUCGGACUGAUGGACGAGGAGGACGACGGCAGUCGCAUCCGGGAGCACGAGCUGCUCUACCGCAUCAACGCGCAGAUGAAGGCCUUCCGCAAGGAACUGCAGAGCUUCAUCGACCGCCUGGAGGUGCCCAAGUCUGCGGAUGACCACGGAGCCGAGGAGCCCAUAUCCGUGAGUCAGAUGUUCCAGCCUAUCAUUCUGCUUAUUCUCAUCCUUGUCUUAUUCUCGUCCUUGUCUUAUACAACAAUAUUUAAACUUGUCUUCCUUUUUACACUGUUUUUUGUACUGUAA